CGUCGGAUUCAAAUCGAAACCGCAAGCUAUAAGUUUAAAUAUCAACUAGAUAAGCUAUAGAACGAUAAAAGUAGCACGUGCUAACAGGUACUCCGCCGAAAACGGCAGUUGCAAAAAGAGUUAAUUAUUAAUAAUAAUAUCGCGUGUUCCCACAGCCGGCUUUAAAUAAAAAGUCGUGGGCGAAGAGAGUGCAAAGAGAGCGAAAGAGAGAGUGCCGUGCGGAGAAAGGUCCACUAAAACGGCGUGUUCUUAAUAAUUAAAUUCCCAGAAUAUAUAUCUUUCCACAUAUGUAUAUAUAAUUCUAUUCCGAGUGCUAAUCGCUGGGUUUUUUGCCCUAUGUGCCGCGCAUGAAAAGUUAAAGAAGAUUCGCUUGGUAAAACCGGUAAUUCUCUUCGCCCCCUUCUCUCAGAAAAUUCUCCGGUUCUCCUUUUUGGCGCCCGUUCUUGGUUGUUUUUGUUGUUGCUUGCGGCUUGUUGCAUUUUCCCUGUCACAACUUAUAGACUUUGCUUAAAUAGUCAAAAUUUAACGUAAUCAUAUGAAAAUGUUAGUUGAAAGUGAAAUUCGUAUUGGUCGGUUUUGUUUAUUUAUCGUGGGAGCUAUCUAUUCGAGCCUAUCGGAAUAUUCUAACGGUGCCUUUGAAAUCAACGACGAUGAAAGAGGCUUCGCUGAAGUUUCCGGUUCGAAUAAAUAAUACCCGUUUCGCACAUUGUCGUUUAAAAUUGGAUUUUGGCUGAAAGUUGAGCGCCGAAUUGCAACAUUACUCAUUAUUUACCCCCCAUAACCGGUGUUAUCGUGAUUUACAAUAAAAAUAAAGAGGAGUAAUCAGUGCUGUGGUGUAGUGUUCAAUCCAGCCGUACAACCAGUUCCUGUUAAGCGAGCCGCAUCAUGUCCAGAAAUAGGGCUGCCAUGGUCAGCGCCUUUCGGCUCUUCCUGCGACCAGCGACCACCACCCAUAGAAGUCUCGCCCUGCGUUUGGCCCCCGGCACCACCUUCGCCCUGCACUUACGGCCAUGUCAUGAGCUCCAGCAGCACAGAAGCUUCGCAUCCACGACGGAGGAUGGCGAAACGGACAAGCAUAAAAAACCGACGACGGGAGAUAUCACGCGACUCACUUUGGCCGAGCUGAGGACGCGGCUAAAAGCCCUCGGACUGAGUGCAGCGGGCCGAAAACAAGUCCUAGUCGAACGGCUAACAAGAUCUACUACCUGCAGUGCCACAACGUUGCCAAGAACAACAGGUUCCAAUUUGUCGCCGGAGGUGUUCAUUGGGGAGCUCGUAAAUAAUUCCAACACGACCUCUGCCCCCAAAAACACUGUUCAACAAAAUGAAGACAUCUAUGUGGAAUACGUGAAUGGCAUGCCACACAUGACUGUACGACUUCCCAGUCGCAAUGAACUCUGCCAGUUUGCCCUGAAACCCAUCUCCCACAACGUUGGAGAUCUGUUAGCCAUGCUCAGGGCUGAGGAUCGGGGCAUCGAUCGAGCUGCGGUGAUCAACAAGCAUGGUGUGCGAAUCGCGUCAUCCUGCACCAUCGAAAGCUUGCUGGAUGACUCGUUUAGCAUACAAAUCAACAAUCGCACAUUGGAUGUGAAUCCUCCCAAGCGCGACAAGGUCACAUUGGAGUCUAUGGACAAAGUGGGUGAUGUUCGCAAGGUUAUUGCUCAGCUCUACGAGGCAUUCAACGUCGGAGAAUAUCAGCUGGAGAAGAGCAAUCAACUGGCCAAAGAGCUGGAGACCCUACGCUAUGAACUAGAACCACUGGAAGAGAAAAAACUGGAACUCAGCAAAAAAGCUGCCCGUCGCACCAACUUUAUGACUUGGAUGGGUCUGGGCCUGAUGUCGGUACAAUUUGGCAUCUUGGCACGCCUGACUUGGUGGGAAUACUCUUGGGAUAUUAUGGAGCCCGUUACAUAUUUUGUUACUUACGGGACGACAAUGGCAAUGUAUGCCUACUAUUGUGUCACCAAGAGGGAAUAUAUGAUGGAGGAUGUGAAGAAUCGCGAAUUCUCACUUUCCCUUUAUAGGAACGCCAAAAAGGUUCAGUUCGAUGUGGAGCACUACAACGAACUGAAGCGAAAGUCGGCGGAGUUGGAGUACAAUCUCAGAAGGAUCAACGACCCGCUCAACAUGCAAUUGCCAUCGCAUUUGGUUCGGACCCAGGAGAACACGCCACCAACCUUAACUGAGGAAAAGGCGGAGCGGAAAUAA